AUGACAAAAAAGGAACAGUCCGGCGUCUACUUGAGGAGAUGCGUCCAGCGGGUCCAGGAGGCAUUGAAAAACUGGAGAAGGGAGAGUAGAGCUAUAGGAAUAGAGAUUGACAACCACUGUCUAUCGACCUUGUUCUUUGCAGACGACCAAGUUAUUGUUGCAGGUUGUGAGGAGGAUGCCGACUAUAUGUUGAGGAAACUUGAGGAAGAAUACGACAGAUGGGGACUCAAUAUCAACCUCACAAAAACCGAAUACCUGAAAGUAGGAGAAGAACAAACUGAAGAUCCUGAACUACACAUACAUGAAAUUAAAAGAUGUAGCGAAUAUAAAUAUUUAGGAAGUAUUAUAUCUGAAGAAGGGAACUCCAAGAAAGAUAUACAUAGUAGAGUUCAACAAGGUAAGAAAGUAAUCGAUCUUUUAAACCCUCUUCUGUGGUUAAUUAAAACAUCCAUCCAAACAAAGAUAAGGAUUUACAAAGCAAUCGUAGAUCCAAUUUUAACAUACAGUGCCGAAUGCUGGCAAUUUACAGCAAAAGAAAGAAGGAUGGUCGAGUCAGUGGAGAUGGACUUCCUCAGAAGAGCAUGUCGCUGUACUAAGAGCAUGCAUAUGGAGGAGUUGGAUAAUGCCACGUUAGAGGAGGAGGAAAUAGAAUUGGAUACACUCCCAGGCCGUAGCUUUCCAGAGACGAACAGUGUCAAGGGAGUUGAAACUAUGUGUUAUCUGUGCUAG